UCAACCUGAAACACAAACCAACAGAAUCAGCAAACGUCUCUUGUUUUCAUCCCUUGUUUUUGGUUCUAGGUGCAGACAUGCUUCUGAAAAGCGGAUUUCUUUUGCUCCUCGUUUUGGUUACAUCUGCGUUUGAAUCGGAUCAGGAACCUGCACAACCAAGACGAGCACGAUUCUCAUCCAACAGCCCUACUGAGGUUGCCCGGUGCCUGAACGGAGCUCUACAGGUCGGCUGCUCCACCUUCGCAUGUCUGGAAAACUCGACCUGUGACACUGACGGCAUGCACGAGAUCUGUAACGUCUUCCUCCACACGGCUGCUGUGUUCAACACAGAGGGUAAGACGUUUGUGAAAGAGAGCAUCAAAUGCAUCGCCAACGGUAUCACCUCGAAGGUCUUCCAGACCAUCAAACGCUGUUCCACCUUCCAGAAGAUGAUUGCUGAAGUGCAGGAGGAAUGCUAUAAGAAGCUUGACAUCUGCGAAGUGGCCCGAUCCAACCCUGAGGCCAUUGGUGACGUGGUCCAAGUGCCCAGCCACUUCCCGAAUAGGUACUACAGCACGCUUCUGCAGAGCUUAAUGGAGUGUGAGGAAGACACCGUGGAGGUGGUGCGAGCCGGGCUGGUGUCCAGACUGGGACCUGACAUGGCCACGCUUUUCCAGCUGCUUCAGAACAAGCCCUGCGCAUCUGGACCUGCUGCCGCCGGGCCUUCUGGGAUGGAGGGCCACACCGGCUUCCGCUGGCCUCCCAUGUUCAAGAUCCAGCCCAACCUGCGCAACAGGGACACCACUCACCUCUUCGCUAGGAAACGCUCAGUCGAAGGAAGCUCUUAGAGUCGCACACAGCUCUCCAUUUGAUGUGUGUAAGCGGAAGAUGGUUAUUAAUGAUUAGUGCAUUAAAAAUGUAGUUUUAUAAUGGGACACAACGGAAAUCUUUGCUUAGUUCACAAUAACCAACAACUACUUGAUUUUUUAAACUGCAUAACAUUGAAUAUACAUGCCAAUGUCAUGUUUGAGACUUAAUAUUGAAUUCAUUUUUGGUUAAUGGCCUUAUGCAAGAGAAGCUAAAUUACGAUGCACAGGAUAUUAUCACGAAAAAGGAAAUCUGUCACCUUGGACAACUUGUAGUGGCAGGGCAGAAAUAUUUAUUAGUGUACUCUGAAAAUAAUUUAUAUUUAUUUUUCCUACCAAAUGUAAUUUAUAUAGUUUAUUAUUGUUGUGAUCAGAGUCUGAAAAAAAAGUAUUUAUUCUUUAAGU